CGGCUUUACCUUUGUGUGAGCUGCGGACCAGGUUAAGUAGCUUAAGCGGACUGGUAUGAAAGAAGGAAAUUGUGGAGCUGUGACCAAGAGCAACUUGGUUAUUUUCUCCUGAGGGGACAUACUGAGUGCUUGUUUGUGGUAAAACCUGCUGUUCGACGCCGCUCAAAACUGCUGUGCGCUUUUCCCCGUCCAACCCGGAGGAUCCGUUCAGCGAGCAGCUUACUCAUGUCCAGUCACUUCCCACCACGCCUGGCUUCUCACACGGACACUCACUUUCUUCUCAUCUCUCUCUUUGUUUUGUUUUUUGACAAAAGGACAAGAAUGAGGUCCUUGUCAACCUGUCACUGAAGAUGGUUCAGCGAAGGCCCUCUGCGAUUAUGCUUCCUCCUGUGGUUAUGGUUGCACCCAGUAAGCAAUCAGGAAUGUCCUCCUUCUCCUGCCUAUGACAUGGUUUAACCCACGUAUGAUCUGGUCAUCAUGAUGGCCUCCAUGGUUGCCAAUGGAAACCGAGAUGGGCAGGCUCUGGAUUUGAAAGGGGUGGAUCCAGAGACCUGCAUGAUUGUGUUCAAGAACCACUGGGCUCAGGUGGUGAAGAUCCUAGAAAAGCAUGAUCCCCUGCGCAGCAACUCCACCCUGCCCUCCCUGAGUGUCAUCAACCUCAGCGCUGGCUCUAGCGGCGGCCCUCGUUUUGGCACCAUCCCCGGAGAUGAAGCGAGUGCGGUGCAGAACUAUGUGGAGCACAUGCUGUUCCUGCUCAUGGAGGAGGAGAGCGGUCAGGCCGGAGCCAUGGGCCCGAUCCUGGAGUUUGUGGUCAUGGAGAACGUGAUGGAGCGUCUCUUUGUGUGGAGCCUCCGCAGGGAGUUCACAGACGACAUGAAGGUGGAGCAGCUAAAGAUGUACGAGAUGCUGGUGGGCCAAGCGCACCAGCCUCUGCUGCAUCACAAGCCCAUCCUGCGGCCACUCAUGAUGCUGCUGUCGUCCUGUUCAGGCACCGCAGCGCCAGAGGUGGAAGCCGAGCUGGUGCUGCUGCUCAACCAGCUGUGCUGCGUUCUGGCAAAGGACCCUUCAAUUCUGGAGCUGUUUUUCCACACAAGUGAGGAUCAGGGAGCCACCAACUUCCUCAUUUUCUCCCUGCUCAUCCCCUUCAUCCACAAGGAGGGCACAGUGGGCCAGCAAGCCAGAGAUGCACUGCUGCUCAUUAUGUCGUUGUCUGCUGAGAAUGAGCGAGUGGCCAAACACAUCGCAGAAAAUACCUACUUCUGUCCGGUGCUGGCCACAGGGCUGAGCGGUCUGUACUCAUCUCUGCCCACCAAGCUGGAGGUUCCCAGUGAGGAGUGGCACUGCCUGCACAGAGAGGACUGGCUCCAGAUGCCAUCCCUCAUACAGUUUCUCAACUCACUGGAGUUCUGCAACGCUGUUAUUCAGGUGGCGCACCCUGAUAUCAGAGAACAGCUAGUUAGCUACAUCUACAAUGGAUUCCUUGUGCCUGUCCUAGCACCAGCUCUGCACAAGCUGACUCUAGAAGAGGUUAUGACCACCACAGCGUAUCUCGACCUCUUCCUGAGGAGUGUCUCUGAGCCGGCCCUGCUGCAGACUUUCCUCUCCUUCAUCCUCCUCCACCAACAUGAGAACGUCCACAUUUUAGAUACUCUAGUCAGCCGCAUCAACACCCCCUUCCAGUUGGGUACCGUGUCACUGGCACUUUUCCGCACUCUCAUUGGCUUAUACUGUGAAGAUGUGAUGCUGCAGCUCAUAUUGAGGUACCUGAUCCCCUGUAAUCACAUGAUGUUGAGUCAGAGACGUGUUGUAAGGGAGAGGGACUGCUACUCUGUGUCAGCAGCUAAGAUCCUGGCAUUAACGCCGUCCUGCUGCUCUCCUGAUCACAGCCCCCCGCCCCUCCGACAGCUGGACUCCAUCCUCUUUUCCAAGGGAGCAGAGAUUCCCAGCAACACCAGCGCCACCGAGAAGAAAAAGAGCUUCUUAGAAGAGGAUGAUGACUCAGGUAAUUCCUGCACCAUCGGCUCAGAAAUCUACCUGGAUGUCAGUUACCUUCAUUACCUCUAUGAUGCCCGUCUGAGCAUCAGCAGCUGCAUAAGGGCCUGCCAGGUUUGGUCAGCCCGGUACGACGGUGAGGACCCCCCUCCUGAGAAAUACCAGCCCGGCGUCCUCGAGGAGCCAGGGCUGAAGAGUCGGCAAGCCCAGAUGGCUCUCAAGAAAGUUCCACAGCUGCUUGCUCUGCGCCCUCAACCCUGCCCGGCGCCGAAUACAGAGCCACCCUCCACCAACCAGCUGGAGCUGGAGUGGGAUGAUAGUUACGAUGCGUGCCCGGUGCAGGCUGCUGAGGCUCCUGUGGAGAGUAAACGUCCGCAGCAGCCUCCUGCUGAGCCCCCAAAACACAUCCAGGAGAUGAGGAAAACAGCCAUCAUGUUGGUAAAAGGCUCAUAUAUUGAGGAAAAUGAGUUCCAGGACGAUGUCAUGGUAUAUGAUCUUGUUGCCAAGAAAGAUGCCAGAGAUGUCGAGCGCGGAAAGCUCACCUCCAACGGGUCUGAAUCAGAAGAAACCCAACCAGGCACUGUUGAUGUUCCUCUAAUAAACGGACUCAGUCUAACGCUUCCAACCUCUCUGAUGGCCACAAAGGCCAAAGUUCAGACAGAUUGUAAUUCCAACGUCCAAAACAACACUGCCGCUGAUUUGGGUGACGACCUUUUGGCUCAAUAUGAAGACCUCAUUCGUGCAUUGGACACAGAAGCAGGUGGAAAACAGGACAAAACCGAGGGAGAGUUGAAGAAGCCUGUCACACCUGUGGUGGUGGAGGAGGAAGAGGAGGAUGAGAUGGAUUUCACCUCCUUCUCUGCUGAGACACCCGAGACAGAGAAACUGCAUUCGCCGUUUGGGACCAAGUUUCCCUCUGGAAGUGCAGGGAGAGGCCAUUCAGUGCCUUUUACAGGUCCAUUUGUCAGUGUGCUCUUGUCUCGCAUGGAGAACAUGCUGUCCAACUCGCUUCAUGUCAACCUGUUGUUGACGGGCAUCCUGGCCCAGUUGGCGACCUACCCUCAGCCUCUCCUGCGCUCUUUUCUCCUCAACACCAACUUGGUCUUUCAGCCGACUGUUCGCUCUCUUUACCAGGUAUUGGCUACCGUGAAGCACCAGAUAGAAGACUUGGCUGCCACCAGAAAAGACUUUCCAGAGCUGAUCACUGCCGCCCAGCACUGGCUGCUGGCCAGGGAAACUUCAUUCAUGUCAGCAGACAAAAGCAGCAGCAAACACUCCACCCACGGUGAGGCGGGAAGGAUCUUGAAGAGUUCACCGCCACAAAAACCCAAAGCCAUCUCUCUGGAUCGGACAGAAGUCUUCGCUACCGUCCUCUUCACGGAGUUCCUCAAAGAACUGGCUGCUAUUGCACAAGAGCACUCCAUCUUAUCAUACAUUCCUAUGGAAGAGUGAUCGUGUCCCAGUAGGCUUCUGUGAUGAGUCCAAGUAAACUCUGAAAGAUUUUUAAAGAGUCCUUCUUUUUUUGGUGCUUUUGAUGCACUUACUUGAUGAAGAAACCUCUUAGAUCAAGUAAUAGCGUAUUUAUUUUCCAAGCUAAGAUAAUCAAUUUCAUGUGCUUUUUAAUUUCAUCUUUCUAGUUCUGGAAACCAGCUGUCAAUGCUCAUAAGAGAGAGCUCCAGGUCCACCAACCAAAGACUGUAAAGAGAGGAUUUAAAAAAACAAACAAACAACAUUUCUUAUUGGCCCUCAUUUGAACUCCAGGUUCUUCUUUCUGAAUGUCUUCUACAACCAGCUGCAACCCCAGCAAGAUGUCUGCUGCUCAGUGUGGUUCUGUUAAAAACUCAGGUGGCCUUUUUGAAGAGUUGUUGCCUCUAUGCCAUUGAAUUACACACCAUAACUGAGCACCUCGUGGAGCCUCUCUUGCUUUGAAGCUUUUGAAUUAUAUAAUUAAUUUAGUCAUUUAAAGAUAAUAGUUGUAGCCAACUGGCAGCAGGCCUGGCAUCGUCACACAUGCCAAACUUUGUUCUCUGUUCUUAUGCAAUUGUUACAUGACUACAUUGUUUUGGGGGGGCAGUUUGGUCACUUUUGUCUUUAAACUUUACAAAGUGGUAUUUUCACAAAAUCUUUGUGGUGUUAGAUGUACAUUUUCUUUGGUGUUUUCCUGUUCAUUUGUGACGGUACCUCAGGAGAUUUUGAAUACACGUUCUGUUCAUUUAACAGCCUUUGGGUGAAGCAACUUUCCUACAAUGCACUAGUUUCUCACAUUAUUUGGCUCCACGUGUUCUCCAGAUCAGAGCGCCGACUCUAGAAUUAUUCAUGCUAUAUUUAAUUUGCCUUACUUUAGUGAUGUUUUAUAAUGUACAUAUGUAAGAAAAAUGUUCUAAUGACAAAACACUAUGCAAAUCAUGGGUAUAAUUAAGUUUUGGAUAUAUUCAGAAUGGGAAGGGGUAUUUAAGCUUUUAUGAGAGUUUCUAUUGCCACUUUUUUUCAAAGGUUAUACUAGAGGCAAGCUGUUGGGGUUUAUCACCAUCUUCUAUUUAGGGAUUGUGUAGGGUGUUUUAGUUGUGAUAAGUCUGAAAUAUCACUGUCUGGAGAGUUGUAGUUUUGUGUCUGUUGAAAACCAUCUCAGAUUUUAACAAUUACUGAGGGCAAAUUGCCUUUAUUUUAGUCCAGGUAUUGCACAUGGUUGUUUGUGUGGUUGUUAAAAUGUUAAUACAAGAGAAAUUGUUUGUUACAAAGCAGCUGUCUAAAUGAAUUUAUCAGGACAGAAAUACUUUAAAAUUAGUGCCUAAAUUAUGAUUUUAGUUCACAUUAUUGCCUGAUUUCGAAUGAAGUUAAUCAUGAGUUAUACAUAAUGUUACAGUUUAAACUUAAAAUUUAUAGGGAUUUUUGUUUUUACCUGAAGAUGUCCAUCGUCAAAGUGUAAACUGAAGACAUGCAACAUACAUCUUAUUGACUAUGGACUGCUUCAACUAAAUCUAACAAAAAGUAAAUGUACCUUUGUACAAACACAAAUUAUUGGGAGAAAGAAAAUGAGGUGAAAGGGGCAUGUUAAUGCAACUGUACACUUGCCGGUCUUGUAAAACUACACUAAGUUGAUCCAUGUUGUCAUCUCAUCAGUCCAGCUAAUAAGACGAGAAUUGUGUUUAACUCUAGUUUUAAAUCUGGAUUGUGUAAUUUUGUUCCUAUUUAAAUCCAUUUCAUUUGUAUUUGAUGGUAUGCAAGCAAUAAAUAAUGCAGUAGGA